UGUUCCUCCAAGUACUCGGUCCACUCGCAUAGACCCUGUGACCCUGUUCAACUCAACACUUCCCCAACAACGACAGUGCAAACGAACUGCUUGUUCAGCACGAUUCAAGCUGCAGACCAGGGAGAUCCUUCAACCCACAGCAGGAAACGUAGGGAAUAUCUGGGAUCAGACGAUGAUCGGGAAAUCAUACUUCCUCCUGGCACUUCUCCAAGCUGUAGUGUCAGGAGAGUGGAGAGGUGACACUCCACGAGAUGUGACGGCGCAGAAGGGUCUGUGCGCCCGGAUUCCGUGCCACUACAGUUAUCCAUCAAGUCUGGCCAAUGAAUCACGGGAUGGGGUCUGGUUUAACUCGGAGAAAGUGAAACCGUGGGCACCCUUAGCCUUUCACUCCAAGGAUUCCAAGCACACCUUGCCAAGGUUUCGCCACCGAACUCGGCUCUCUGGAAACCUGAAAGAUGGUGACUGUUCCCUGGUUAUGAACGACGUCACACAGGAGGAUGAAGGGCCUUACUUUUUCAGAAUUGAAUUUAACCACCAGCAGUCUUACAGUUUCUUCCCUGUAACACAACUUCAUGUUUCUGAUUUCACAGAUAAACCCUCGAUAUUCCCUGCUGAAAUGGUUGCAGGAAAGCCAGUGAACAUACACUGCACCUUCAACACCACGUGUGAUGGGACGGUGCCCACCUUAUCCUGGGUCACCCCCACUGAUGUACCACCGUCAGUCUCAGACAGUACAACUCAGCGGGGAGACACUCUGAUAUACACUUCUGUUCUGACCCUGACCCCAGAGCUCAAACAUCACGGGGAGAAUCUCACCUGCAGAGUCAGAUACCCAUCUGUUUCAUCGGAGCGGACCCUCACAUUGACUGUGCAAUAUAAGCCGGAGAUUUCUCCCGAAUCUGGAUGCACUCAGAUGCCCGAGGUCAUCACCUGUGUCUGCGCGGCCAGAUCCAACCCACCUGCAGAACUCACCUGGCACCUGCCCCUCGCCAACCUCAGCGGGAACCAGACGCACGGCCGUUUCCAGGCGUGGCAGGUGGCAGACGGGCAACUGGUGACUGGCUCACUGACCCUGAGAGGAGGCGAGGGAGAGGAUGAAACGACGGCCUCUUGUACAGUCCGAAACCGGCACGGGGAGGUCACGUUCAAGAUGUAUCUGUGGGUGAGAGGUGGAGGCUCCGGUGAUUGGAAGACAUGGUUGUUUACGUCAGGGAUCAUUUUCAAUGCUGUACUGGCUGGGUUCUUGAUCUACAAGUGCAUCCAAAAGAGAGAAGUGGUGACUGAGAAGAGGACCUCUGCAACUCAGGACACUACAGUCGGCUGCAGUCAAUGUAUGGCGAUGGAUCAGGACGUUGAUGGAGGGGCUAUGACCCCAGCUCCACGUGAUGUCUCCAAAAUUCAGGCAGGAGCGGAUCUUGGACGGAGACCACCCACCAAACCCAAGGAUCCUCUUUACUGCAACAUGCAGAAAGUGUUCAUCAGAGAUGCAGGCGAGGCCACAGAAUACGCAGAGAUUAGAUUUCACUAAAAUCUAAGGGGGUGAGGACGUUGGAGAGCAGAUGUGUGUUGCAUGUGUGUCGUCAAUGAAGAGGAACCAAAACCUACAAGUUAUAAGACACAUAGGUUGCUUGGCAAAUGGGCAAGUAGCAGAUACAGUUGAACAGACAGCAGCGUUGAGCUAUUUUCAAGUUGGAAGGUGGCUGCAUCAGUGAAGUUGCGUCUUCCGACUGCUUGUGCGCAAGUCCCUUACCGCGCCUCUAGGCGUAAGGAAUUUCUUGGCCCUCGCAUCAGCAGAAUGCUUACAUGGGCAGUGUCUGGACUCUGCAAUAGCUUUGUGGCAAUACCUGGAUCACUGAGUGAGACCCUGUAGUGUGGAAGGUCAUGGCUGUCACGGGACACCAUUGAGCACAUGGUCGAAAGCGAAACCACUGUCAAUCAAGGUCUGGCUCCACCCAGCCAUUAGCACACACCCUUGACCAUUGGCUCCUGUACACACCUUUGUACCUGGCCAUGAAUCAUUGGAUCGUUUGAAAUACCUGGGCUGGCUCCACCCAGCCCCCCCAGCACUAUAAAGAAUGUCACAUGUGUGGUUCACUCUCUCUUGAUUGCUCCAGGAAUCAAACAACGCUGAAGGGACCAUUGCUUGGUAUCAGUAACACCAAGAAGCUGCCCACCACUGCACUGGCCGUAGGCAAAGAGUGAACACACAGUGAACUACCGCCCUACCCCAACAGGAGGACGUGAUGGAUCCUGUGGGAUAGUUUCCUGCAAAGAUCGUCAAGACCAUUUUGCAGGAUGCCUUAUCACCAGAACUCACCAACAAGCACCAAGACCUCCCCGUGAGAUACUUCCUGAGUGGUCAGAGCGUCACUCCCAAUGCAUGCUGCCCUCUGGACAGCUGA